AUGGCGAGGCUGGUCGACCUGGAAGGAGACGAAGAUGCAGAGGCCGAAGCUAACAAUCAGGGUGGCGAGGCUGCUGAUGCCAGUAACCUCAAAGAGAAUCCAAAUGUUGGGUUGUUUUCAGCGGCACUGACAUGCUACCCCAUCGUAUCUCAGCUAGCCAGCUACCUGGAUCUGAACUCUUUGCACGAUUUAGCCCGUACUUGUCGCCAAUUCCGAGCAAAUCUGUUGCAAUACCGUUCCCAACUUAUCGAGCAAACGCUGAGGUGUGAGAACGAAAACGCCAACCCUGCCAGACGCCUGGGUAAUGCGCUUCAUGCGAGCUUCGAUGUCUGGACCGCGUACGGUAGGGACGGAACUAAGAUUGGUCGUAUCACAAGUGGCAAGCUUGGAGCCUGCGCUCAUGACCUGGUUGGCCCUUGCAGAAGGUGUGGCAAGAUCAUCUGUAGAAACUGCGUUUUGAAAGCGCCCCCGGCUUCCAGCAUAAGGCAGCGACAUAGAAGGCUGUGUAAGACAGACAUGAAGUCGCCCAUCGACCGCCUGAUGUUCGUCGAGCGUCGCUAUCCCAGUCCUGACGGCGACGGCGGAAACAGCGCGAUCACUAAACCAGUCGCCCGCUCUCCCUGUACCUGCGACGACAGCAUCUGGAUCUGCCAACCCUGCGGCCACUCCCUCCGCGCAGCUGACACGACCUACCUCCGCGGCUGGGCGUGGCGAACACGCUACAGCACCUGCGGCGGUCUGGGCGCGGGACUAGGCGAAGGCAACGAAGGGGUCGAAUGCGGCCGCGGCUACGACUGCCAGGCCGCUCGGGAAUUGUACCAAGAAAUCGAAUGUGAUGCCGAUGAACUGGCGAGUUUGCAGGCGGAGAUGGCGAGGGCGGAGAGCGAGGGACGGGAGUGGAGGGGCGGGAGCUAUGCGACGCAGGAGAUUGUGGGGAUUGGCGGGGCGGUGAAGACGAAGAUUCAGAAGCGUGCGUUGGUUGGCGCGGUGGUGAAGGAGUAUGAGGAUGAGCGGGUGAGUGGGAAGUUUUUGGGCCGGGAGCAGGGGGGAAGUAAUAGAAGUUGGUGUUCGUGGUGCGAGAGGGUUGUGUUGAGUAAGAAGGAUCUCGACUGGGUGAGGCGGAGUAGUGAGAGUGUCGCUUCGUCAUCCUCGGGCGAUGAUUGA